AUGUUUGAUACAACCACCAUUCGACGCCGAGGGCUUUUUGGCAAAGUGUACAAUAGCAUAUUUGGACCGUCGCCCAGUCCGCUGAAUACCCAAACUCCAAUUGAGGAUCAAGACCAUGUAACUGAAUACAACACCUACCUGAAUAGCGAAGGACGAUAUCUAAACGGGGACGACGACCUAGCCAUUGAUGAUGACAUGGAUGAUACAAGAAGCCGCAGAAGCUCUGCAAUUGUGCCUCCUAUGACGCCGUCACGUUUGGAUGACGAUUGGAAAAUCAACGACACUCUAGAAAGAAUAAGGAUGAGCCGCGAACGCUGGCAGCGGAACGACCAUGUUCCUGGUGAGUUUCCAGAACCUAUUGCAGAGCCCGUUGGAGGAGGGCUUGCCGAGCACAUAGAACAGAACAAUCAGAUAAUCAGCAAGCUCAUAAGCGACUUUGAUCUGGUUACCGAAAAUGUCGAGCUGCAACAGCUCCGGACAGAAAAUGCCGAGCUUGCUCAAAAAUACAAGGCUCUACGCGAGGAGUUCAAGCGGGAGCUCGACGCAAACAAGGAAAUAUUCGACGGGUACUACGAUCUUCACACUAAAUACAACAACACGAAAACAGAGCUCUCUAAGCUCAAGAAAGAUGCGAGCGACAGGAUCAGCGAGCUUGAGCUGGAAAACCAGAGACUCAAGAUGGAAGCGCGUUCCAAACGGCUCACGUCAGACGACCAGAACCUUUACUACAAAAGCCAGUACGAAGAGAUAAAGAGUGAGUUGCAACUCAAAAUCCAAGAGGAGAAAGCCAGUCAGCAGCGGAUACGAGAUCUGGAACUGCAGCUACAAGAGCGAUCCCCGGCUAAACCGAGAGGCGUGACCUCUAACACGCUGGACCAGGACUCCAUCCAGCUGCUACGCAAACUAUAUGCCGACAAGGAGGUUCCCAGAACCGGCGUCGACUCUUGGAUAAGCCAACCGCGUAUAAAGCACGCAAGCUAG